CUCUUUCCUUCUCUCUCUUUUUCUUCUCGCUCUUCACUCGCUAAUUAAAGGUUCUGUAGUGCUCCAGUUUAUAAUUUUAUCCUCCUUCGGUAGUGAGACCAGUGUGAUAAAAAGUCAAAUGAUGUACAUGUGAUCCACAAUGACGGUGGUAUGAUAUAUACAUAUAUAUAUACACAUAUAUACAUAUAUAUAUAUAUAUACGUGUGCUUGUGUUGUCCAACAGUGUGUGAGACGAAAGAAAUUGAGUGAGAAAAAAAAAUUUUACGGAGAAGUGCAAUCCCGAAGUGAUAAAUCUGUAUCUAUAUAAACACGUGUGCCAGAGAGAAGUGUGUCCGUACGAAGAGUACAAAGCAAAAUAAGUUUACGAAGGAAAGAGGACAGAAAAAAUAAUCAUAAGUUGGCCGAGGACAACCAAAGGAAAACCAGUCAGCAACGUAGAAAGGUGAUAUUAGCAGGUGGGACAGGCGGGAACAGUAGCAUGAGUUCGUAUUUUGCGAAUUCGUACAUCCCAGACCUGCGAAAUGGCGGGGUGGAACAUCCGCAUCAGCAUCAGCAGCACUACGGUGCGGCCGUACAGGUGCCUCAGCAGACACAAUCAGUUCAGCAGCAGUCUCAGCAAACUGGUGAUCCUUGUGAUCCGAGUUUGUUACGUCAAGGAGUUUCUACCCACCAUUAUGGGACCGCGGGAGGUCAGCAGGACAUGCCUUAUCCGAGGUUUCCUCCGUACAAUCGGAUCGACAUGCGGAAUGCGGCUUAUUACCAACAUCAACAGGAGCACGGAAGUAUGGACGGCAUGGCCAGCUACAGAUCGACGUCUCCGAGCACCACCAGUAUGGCUCACAUGGGACACACGUCAACCCCCAAUGGACAUCCGUCGUCCACACCCAUCGUCUAUGCUAGUUGCAAGCUUCAAGCAGCUGCCGUCGAUCAUCAAGGUAGCGUCCUCGACGGACCGGACAGUCCGCCUCUCGUCGAGUCCCAGAUGCAUCACCAAAUGCACAGCCAGCAUCCGCAUAUGCAGGCGCAGCAAUCGCAGCAUCCACAGCAGCAAUCGCAGCAUCAGCAUCUGCAGGCGCAGCAACAGCAUAUGAUGUACCAACAACAACAGCAAUCUCAAACCACAUCGCAACAGGGACAAAGUGGAAUGCACCCGCAACAGCAGCAGCAAGCUCAGCAGCAUCAAGGUGUUGUUGCAUCACCGCUCAGUCAACAGCAACAGGGCGCGUCUCAAGGUGCAUCAAGCGCAAAUAUACCGAGCCCACUAUAUCCUUGGAUGAGAAGUCAAUUUGAGAGGAAACGGGGUCGGCAAACGUAUACGCGAUAUCAGACGCUAGAACUGGAAAAGGAGUUCCACUUCAAUCGAUAUCUCACUAGGCGGCGACGUAUCGAGAUCGCUCACGCACUAUGUCUGACAGAACGGCAGAUAAAGAUCUGGUUUCAAAAUAGACGGAUGAAGUGGAAGAAGGAGAACAAAACGAAAGGCGAACCAGGCUCAGGUGAUGGCGACACAGAAAUCUCGCCGCAGACGUCGCCGCAGGGUUGAAAGAGCUCCGAGGAGUGGAACUUCUAAAGAGGUCUCAUCUCUCUCAGGGUCGUUAAUACCUUGUUUCCAGCACUACCUCUUCCCCCACCUAAACUCCAGUCCCCGUCGAUGACCUCCAAAUGACCCCUCAACAGCAAUGACGCUUAUUUUGUCGUGUUAAUCAUGUUGCUUGUACCAAAAAAAGAAGAAGAUAAGGAUGACGGCGAAGAAAUUGUGAAAGGACCCGUAAGAGUGGCCGAUGACGAAUAGACGGCAGAGAAGGAAAUUACGAAAAGGUGACGUGUCGAGAGAAGAAGGGAAGAGCAAAAUAAAGCGAAGACGCACAAAUAAGUCAGCAGAGGAUUUGCGGAAAUGUGCAUGACUUAAUGUGGAUCAAGAUUAUGAAUAAAAGGAGAAUGGAAGAAGGCAAAACUGGAUCACAUGCUAAUCAGAACCGCAUUAACCUCUAUUACGUUUAAUCAAAUGUAAUUGUACUAAAGCCUAUAUAGAGAUAUGGAUAAAAAAAGAUGUACGUAGUUUAAUGCGAAAUCGCGAGAUCGAUGGCAGUAAUCCAAGUAGAACGCAUGAGAAUAUGUGGUAUUCGGAGUGAUAGGUGUAAAGAGCUAAGUCCGUUGAGAGAAUGAGAUAUGUGUGAACCUGCGCGUGAUAGAGAGAAAAAGAAAACCGCGUUGAGAAAUCUUAGGAGAGCAUUUUAUUAUUUAUUCUCUUACGCCGUACUUGUAGAGUCGUAGGACGGUUAGUAGAUUAGCAGUACGAAGAUGUCCGUCGCGUCUCUAUUUAGCGGUAGAGAUAAGCGGUUUAGUGUUCUUAGAGAAUCGUUUAGCUAGAUCUUUCUCUAGUACCGCGGUGGCUCCAACAAGGAAUAUUUAACAUUCGUGCCAAGUAUGAUUUCCGAACGCCGCGCGCGCGCGCGCGUUUCUCGUAUUUUAAUAAAAUUUGAGAGAGGAUCUGAGCAACACCAGGAUAUAUCGAAUGAAGAGAAACAGAAGGCUAGAAAAGAGGGGAAAAGAGAGAAUGGGAAAGAAGGAGAAGGAGUGAGGAAAACAAUGCAGAGGAAGAAGAGAAGAAUCAUGGAGUUCACGUCUAACCCUGAUAACCCAGUGAAACAAGUGCGUGCAACAAAAUCAAUUCCAUUGGAAAUCAGUGAUUUUUGGUGUGUAAAUCUAACGAAUACGAUGAUGUUUUAAAUAUUGUAUGGGACGAGACGGCGACAUAACCGUGGAUGGAAUAGAUUAGUGCUGAAUGAUAAAGUGAGUUUGAGGAAACAGCGCCCUUCGGCGGAGCAGAGUCAAACCGACUUGGCAUUUCUUCAUCAGCGUCAUCGCAAGGUUAGUCUUAUUGAAUGAACAUUGCUAGUGAUACACAAUUAUCGGUUACGUUAAAUGUGCGAAUGUCAUAUUGAAUCGUUUGCAUUUGAUAAGAACAACUAGCCCCCCGCGUUUCGACGUAACAGAAGACACACUUUCAUGUGUACGCUUCGUUACGCAAAUCAGUUUUAUUUUACACGUACUGAACACGAACGACAAAAAAUGUUUUCGCUAUUUGUUUUUAUCAUAUGUAAGGAACAUCUGUUUACGUUUGCUGACCGAUAAUUGAGAUGAUUUGCUCGUAUCAUGCACAUUGCUCAAUAUGACGGGUAUGAUAAUGAUGUACAUAGGCAGUCCUCUUUUAGUGAAAACGUGUCUGUUCGGAAAGAAAAGAUAUUGAGAUUUUUAGAUCUGUGACGCAUAUAAUUCUUUCGAGGAUCUAGAAACGUUUUAUUUUAUUCGCAAGCGAUAUUUUCUUAUUAUUAAUUAUUGUUAUAAAUAGAAGGAAAUUUUCGAUUUAUACUUAAAUUUAUGUUUAAUUUUAAAAGUUUGCGACAAAGUAAAUUCGAUAUUAAGAUGUAAAAAUGUAUAACGUAAUGUGUAUAAUAUCUUUUAUGAUGACGGGCACGCUGAGUGAUCUCGAAUUAUUUCCUUUGGAAACUGCUUUGAAAGCAGACGUGGUAGUAGUACUCAUAUUCGUUGCAAAGAGAGACUCUCCUUUUUCUGUAAAUAUUAAAGAAAGAAGAAAGAAAGAAAGAAAGAAAGAGAAAGAAAGAAAUGUAACACAAGAAAGGCAAAUCUGUCCUCUUGCAUAUUUGUAGUUAUCGAAAAGUUACUCUUGCUCCGCGCGACGUGACGCCAAGUUACCAAGUGUUGUAAUAUGUAGUAUAUUUUCGGAAUAGGAUGCUUUUUCGGCAUGAGACCGCUUGGACACCUUAAUAGCGAUUCGCAAUUAAGUUCAGUGUAAACAAUUCCUUGCUUACGAUAGAAUACAUCACAUGAUAUGCAUUAUUAUUCCAAACUACUACAUUGUUUUUUUUUAGAGAGAGAGAGAGAGAGAGAGAGAGAGAGAGAGAG